AUGUCUGACCAACUCAAAGGAUUCCCUGAGCCUCCAAUGGAUCCGGAGAAGGGUACCCUGGAGGCCGUUCACUUGCCUUACACUCCAGACGUGAAGACUCCCCCAUCCCCGGAUCGCAACGCCACUUUCCCUUCCUCAAAAGAAAAAGACUCUGCUGUCCUAACUUCAACCAAGGAGGUCGUUCUAGCAACGAAGCCCAAGCCAGCAAACAAACCACCGAAGAAAAAAGUCUCGAAAUGGAUUCUAUGGAAACUUUGGUUCAACACAUACAGAAAAUUCUUCACCUUUACUUUUGGAUUCAACAUGAUUGGUCUGGCAUUGGCAGCGUCAGGUCACUGGCCCUAUGGCGCCAAGUAUUCGGGCGCCAUUGUCGUCGCUAAUUUCAACUUCGCUAUCUUGAUGCGUAAUGAAGUCUUUGGGCGUAUACUUUAUCUGGUCGUGAACACUUUAUUCGCCAAAUGGCCCCCUCUUUGGUUCCGUUUGGGUUGCACAUCGGUUCUACAGCAUCUCGGUGGGAUUCACAGUGGCUGCGCGCUGUCAGGUGUACUUUGGCUUCUCUACAAAGUGAUCAUGAAUUUCCGCAAGCUUGAUGUCACACACGACGCAGUCCUUGUCAUGGGUGUUGUAACCAAUCUUGCCGUUAUGAUCAGUGCCCUCAGUGCCUUCCCUUGGGUGCGAAAUACUCAUCACAAUGUUUUCGAGCGUCAUCAUCGCUUCGUUGGAUGGCUUGGCCUCAUCUGCACCUGGACUUUCGUCAUUUUGGGAGAUACCUACGACCCCGUCACUCGCUCCUGGAACCUCAAUGGAGUUGCCCUCAUUCGCCACCAGGAUUUCUGGUUCACUAUGGGAAUGACUAUCUUCAUCGCUCUUCCUUGGUGCUUUGUGCGAGAAGUACCGGUAGAUAUCGAACUGCCCUCGGCUAAAGUGGCCAUCAUUCGCUUCAAGCGUGGCAUGCAACAAGGUCUUUUGGGACGCAUCAGCCGCUCGUCGAUCAUGGAAUACCACGCUUUCGGAAUCAUCUCUGAGAGCAGACAUGCAAAAUAUCACUACAUGAUCGCUGGUGUUCAAGGUGACUUCACCAAGAGCCUUGUCGUUGACCCACCGAAGACCCUAUGGACCCGUGAACUCAAGUUUGCUGGAGUUUCGAACACUUCAACACUCUAUAAACGCGGUAUCCGUAUUUGCACUGGAACUGGAAUCGGAGCGGCUCUAUCCACAUGUCUACAGUCUCCUUACUGGUAUCUGAUAUGGAUCGGUUCUGAACAAGAAAAGACCUUCGGACCAACUAUCAGUGGCCUGAUUCACAAACACAUCGGACCCGAGCGCCUCAUGCUGUGGGAUAGUAAAGCAAGAGGUGGUCGUCCAGAUUCGAUGAAGCUAGUGAAGGAAGCAUACGCCUACUGGGAUGCUGAAGUCGUCUUCAUUACAUCAAAUUACAUUGGAAACUCAGAGAUUAUGCAAGGGUGCAAGGAGGCAGGCAUCCCAUGCUUCGGAACUCUGUGGGACUUCGUAAGUCGCUCUCCAUUCUUAGAUGAAGGAUGGAUUCUUAACGGUGUCUUUAGUGAAAACGCUUUUGAGUCUUUUCAAAGCCUCCCCAUUUUGCAUAUUUAA